AUGCAUCACACGAUGCAGUCCGAUUUCGAAACUGAGUUUGAAGAUCUUCCCUGCAUACACUUUUUCGGUCAUAUGCAAUUUUCUGAGGAGGCGCAUCACAUCUACGAAAAAGUUCAAGUUAUUGAAAAGAUUACUGGAUGCGUAACGAUAUAUCGAUCCAAUCUGGUACAUGCAAAUUUUCCCCAACUCAAAGAAAUUGUCCACGAUGAAAAUUUCUGUGACUUGGACUAUGCUCUAAGAAUUAUAGGAAACCAAAAACUCAAAUCGAUCACAUUUCAUAAGGAUUUCAGUAUACAAUCAGAUAAAGUUUUUAUAAGUGUAAAUCCUCUUUUGGAACAUAAUGGGACUUCAGUGAAUGACACGAUUUUUGACUUUUCACCAACGGACGGAGACUGCCUUCAGGAGCAAGUUCUGACAGAACAACAGUGCAAGCGUAUUGUUGGCGAUGUUACUUACGAAGACUAUCUACUUGAAGCGUUUAAACGCGAUCCACCGGUAGAAAUUCAUGGAAUGUUGAUUUUUGAGGAUAGGGAUGACAUAAAUUUAUUGGCACUUGAGAAUGUAACAGUCAUUGCGCAUGGAACUCCUGCUAUAGUCAUUAGCAAUAAUGCGAAUCUCGUUGAUAUCAGUGGAUUACUUUCCAUAAAAAUUAGUGGACGAGAGCCAUUAUUGGAAAUUUCGGACAAUGAUAAAAUAUGUGCUCCUAUUGAAUUGCGAAAUAAAGUUAAACAAUUAGCUCAGAAGGAUGUGCUUUUUGACAAAAGUUGUUUGAAGUCAUGUGAGGGAGGAGUCGUAGACCAUUGGUUCCUGCAAGAAUUCAGCAAUCUGAAGGAUUGUCGUGUAAUCAUUGGCAAUUUAAUGAUUAUGGGUUUUAAUGAAGGCUUUGCGGGGUUAGAGGAGCUGAACAGGAUUGAAAAGAUCGAACAUGGUGCCCUUAUCUUCCAGCAUAACACAGGUUUCAAGAACAUAUCGUUUUUAAACAACUUGGAGGAAAUUUCGUAUCCUGAAUCUGAGGAACCAGUCUUACAAAUUGCCAAUAACUAUGGUAUGGAGUCCAUUGGCCUUCCAGCCUUGAAAAGUGUGGAUGCUGCAGACCCUGACAAAGCCAUCGAAAUCUUUACCUAUGAAGAUGUGUCAGAUUGGGAAAAAAAACGAUUCAAAUCGAUUGCUCUGAAGAGGGACGUUUUCAAUAUUGGGCAUAAACCCAUCAAAAAGAAACGUAGAAUCUACGAGACCUAUGAAAACAAUACAGUUUUGGGUACGUAUUUCUUUUUUUUGGCGAAGUAUCUCUUCUCCUCGAAGUCGUUGGAUAUGUGA